AUGCCACGUAUCAAAGGGUUUGACCUGUUUACGAUCGGUGUUAUAAUUGUUGCAGGUGUCUAUACAGGCACUAAAUUUUUUGAACCUCUAGUCAUCGAGCAGCUACGAAAGGAUGGCCAUUUAAGAACUGAUAUUUCAGUCCCCAAAUAUAACAGCGAGGGGGAACCGGUUGACGAGAAGUCCAUGAUGCAGCUUAGAAAAGAGCUAGAGCAAAUAAACAAAUUAGAGAAAUCACAGGCUCGCAAACCUCAACCACCUGCUUCAACCACUGGAACAUCUCAAAGUUCGUGA